UAAAUAGUUUAACUUUUAGAAUUUUUCAUUCAAGACCAAUUAAUUAAAUAUUACAGGAUGGUUGAACUUUUCAACAUUGUAAUGAACUUUGUUUAUUGCCUAUUUUUAUUUAUUUUUGAUACUGGUUAUUCAGCUAAAGUUGCUUUCCCGUCGAACCCAUGGAAUCAACAAAGAACCCUUAUAGUUUUCUACAGCUUAAGAGAAACUCUCAAGACAUUCGAGAUGCCAAAGUUUGCCAAUGACUCUAAGGUGCAAGAAGUGUUGUAUGCUUUUCACAACCACUGCCAACUGUCAGAAGAAGAAGAACAAAGGCUGGAAGCCCUCGACAAUCAAAGUAGUAUUCGUCGGAAACCUCUUAUAGUGGUGGAGGGUUCAGAUAGAGACACCAGACGGAUUGUUGCCAAGAAGCUAUCUUACAACAUGAAAGCUCUGUUGAUGAGAAACCCGCCAACCUGUCUGAACCCGAUGAGAGACUACUUUCAUGACAACCUGGUGUUGCGCCGGGCAUACUUCUCUCUGUGCAUGUACGCUGGCGCCAUCAACGUCACCCGGCACUGGUACAACCACACCAUCAUAUUGUCUGCAUACUGGCACGAUCAAGCGACGUUCUCCAUAGCCAAGAAAUAUUCCUUGCGGAACAUGCCACCACAAAACUCGCCCAUCUACGAGUGGCCAGAGGACUUGAUACCUCCGGAUGUUGAGUUCUUCAUCAACACUCCGCAGACCAAGAAUGAUCCUGACGCUCCUAUCAGCAUGUUCCAUCCAAGACUUGUGGAGGCUUAUAGGAGGAUGCGGAAUCCAACAGUGUUUGAAAUAAGCGGCAGCAUGUACCACGAUCAGAUCAGAUUCGAAAUGGAAAUUUACCUGCAGAAACUCUACAGGGAAAACUAUCAAUACAUAAUAAAUACUGUCUAA